AUACCUGCUCCAGCCGGUUACGUCGUCGACUUUGAUCAUCCUCAGCGGCAUGCCGACCUUGCGACAUACUGGUGCUUUGGUGUGGGCAUCGUGCUGGCGCUGCUGUUCACGGCGCAACGGGUCUAUGUAAAACUGGUUACCGGUAUCAGCUUGCAGCUUGACGAUGCGCUUCUUGCAGUGUCAUGGGUGACAGCCCUCGCAUCGCAGAUUUUCGUCGUUUAUGGGUUUGCGAAUGGAUUUAUUGGCGUGCAUAUGUGGGAAAUACCAAUCGAACAGUUCAACCGGUAUCUAUUCAAUCUCUGGAUAUCCUCGCCCAUAUACAUCGUCGCAGGUUCUUGCACGAAGCUAGCAUUGUUGGUAUUCUACCUGAAGCUAUCGCCUUCAACCUGGAUGCGCUGGUCUAUCUUCGGUACCAUAAUGUUCAUUGUUUCCUAUUCGAUCGGCAUCUUCUUCUGCCUCGUCUUCGCUUGCAACCCCGUAGAGAAAGCAUUCAACGUCUACAUCACGAGCGGGUCGUGCAUCAGUCCUCCGGCGCUAUACAUUGCCACCGCCAUCUUCAACAUCGUGUCCGAUGUUAUCCUGUUCUUCCUGCCUAUACCAAUGGUGUUGGGUCUGCACUAUAUGCCACUUAAGCAGAAGCUGGGUUUGCUCGGAAUCUUCGGGAUCGGGUCUGUGACGGUUAUCACCUCGAUCUUGCGAGCCGUCAUUCUUCCAAAUUUAAUGCAAAAUCCCGAUAAUACCUGGGAGAUAGCCGACGCGAGUCUGCUCAUCGUUAUCGAGUCCAACCUGAUCAUCAUCUGCGGCAUGCUCCCCACGCUACGCAGGUUCUUCCACCACGUCGCGCCCAGGCUCAUCGGCGAGAGCACCUCCGGGAAGAAGAGC